GCGAGAAGUGGGGUUGUUGUUGGUGGUGGAGGAGUGGCUAGCUAGUUGCUAGUGAGUCGCGUGUGCUAUUUUUUUACGUGAGUAAUAUGUAUGUUGUCCAGUAUUUAAAGGACUACAUAGUAGACGUUGUGUAUGAACGCCAUACAAUGUUGAAUGGGUUUUCUAUCAGUCGGUUGGACUUUGCAAAUCUACUCUGUUUUUCCAGUUAGCUAACGUUAGCUAGCGUAACUUCCGAUUUUUGCUUUCGCGGUGCCAGGCUGCCUGCAUUAUGUCACUGCUUAGCCUUGUGGAUGAAGCCAUCAAGUUGUGUAAAGUAGAGGAGACCAAGAUAAACGAGAACAUCCUUCGAUACAGGGAGAUACUGCGCUCUUUGAGACCACAGCAAGAAGACGGCAAGGAAAUAGAACUAACAGAUGAUGUUGAAAAGGACCCAGAUGUCCAACUGGAGGAGAGACGGGAGAUGGAACUGCUGAAUCAAUUGCUGGAGAAGGCCCUCAGAGUUCGCGCUGGCACAGCACCCCAAAAAGACCCUCAGAACUGUCCAGGACCAAAGAAGGAACCAGUGGACACUACACAGGGCAAGGGAAGGGCUCUGACCCCAGGUGGCACCAAAGGGAAUAAAAAUGGCAUUAAAACUACCUCCAAACCCAUCAUGAUGGACAAAAAAGAGUCCAAAAAGUAUUCUGCCUCCCAUCUCUACAGGGGUGGAAGGGGGAGGAUGGGUCACCCUGUAGGUCAUUCAGGACAAGGCAGGGCAAGCAUGAUCAGAAGCUCUGUCCAGAUGCAGAAACGAUCUGUCGUGUCAUCAAAGGGGUUUCCUCCCCAGUCCUCUGGGAAGGAAGUGAAGCAGGCUGGUCCUCCAGGUCCUGUGUCACAUGAUCAGGGUCAAUCACCACAGGCCUCAUCAGCACAUCAUCAGGUUGAGGUGUCCCACAGGUCAGCUGCAGCCACUUCCUUCCAGCCCCCUAACUGGGACACGGUGUCUGUUUCACACAUGGAGGGGAUGCCAAAAGCACAUGUAAUUUCACCUCCACAGAAUGGGGCUCCCACACCGUUGUUAACUAAAUGGAUCAGUCUAAGGACCAAACAAAGCAGGUUAUGGGACAAAGUCCUGGCUCUACAAUCCAAACCUGUGGCGGAGAGGAGUCACUUCACAGAGAGAGUGAAAGCCACUUUCUCCAGAGAGUGGCCAACCAGUGGCAGCCCGGCCGACACCGGGGCUCAGGUGGACAGACUGACACAGCUCUGCACGGAUCUGAGUCAUUGCUACCAGAGCGAGCGGCUGCUGACUGGCCAGACCUUCAGAACCUCUGGCACUGAGCCAGGUACCAGCCCAACCAGAGGAGAUGCAGAAGGGGGGAUGGAAGGAGGGAUAACAACAUGCCAGAAGAGGGAAUAUGAGUCCUUGCUGAUGCUGGAAGGACUGGAGAAGAUGGUGGCAGACCUCCGGAAACAUGCUGGACAGCUGAGAAAAGAGCGGGAGGCAUGGGAUCGAUGGAGGAGGCUGAAGGGGGAAGGAGCGGGCGCGUUCUGCCCCGUCAGGAGUAAGGGUGAGUGGGGUGACCUGAGUGGGGUGACCCCCUUGCCCCCCACCCUGACCUACACCAGCCAGGCAGAGCUCCAGGAGGUGGAGAGGCUGAGGUUGCGAGUGGAGCUGCUACAGCAGGAGGUGCACCUGCAUCAGGCUCUCUCUGACACCAUGGUCAUGCCCUCCGCUCCUGGACUUCCCAACCCCGCCGCGCUCCGUGACAUUUACUCCCUGCUUGGAGAGGGAGGGGUGAUGUUUCCUACUCUGGUUCUGGACACAGAACCUGACUAAAGGAGCAGGUCAAAUGAACUGAACAGGCCAAAUCACCUGGGUCAUGUUUAUUAGGGCACACAAUGCAGCAGGAAACAAAUGAACUGAACAGGCCACAUCACCUGGGUCAUGUUUAUUAGGGCACACAAUGCAGCAGAAAGCAAAUGAACUGAACAGGCCACAUCACCUGGGUCAUGUUUAUUAGGGCACACAAUGCAGCAGGAAAGAAAUGAACUGAACAGGCCAAAUCACCUGGGUCAUGUUUAUUAGGGCACACAAUGCAGCAGGAAACAAAUGAACUGAACAGGCCAAAUCACCUGGGUCAUGUUUAUUAGGGCACACAAUGCAGCAGGAAACAAAUGAACGUUUCUAAUUGGACAAGUCCAGGUAGCCUCUCCCUGUUUCAUUCGGUGUUCUUCCAUUUGGUGCCUAAUGAACACGACCAAGAAAGACUAUUGAAGAAUAGACCAAUGAAUGGUAUGUCUUAGGAGGGGACACUGAGAACAGAGGAAGAAGAAUGGAGAAUCUUCUGAAAAGAGGCAUUUUUUGGUGUUGGGAAUGUCAAUCUGUGUAUUUAUUUGGAGAGAUUGAGCAUUUUGGUUUUACAUUGUUCCUUUUGAAAAAUAUUGUAAGACUCCUAUAAUUAGAUUCAAUUAUUAAAAUUGAUGGAUAUUGAAAAAGUUA